AUGAAACUAGAAUUUGCCACAUUGUUGUACCUUUGUACCAGCUGUGGACACGGGUUCUGCAGACAGUGCAACGCCUCAUACUGGGAGCAGCUUCCUCCAUCAGGAGACUCCUGCUGUCCUCAGUGUGGAGAAAGAUGGAGCAUUUUACAAACAGAUAGUGGUCUGCAGGAGGUUUUAGAUGAACAUAGGCUCAGUUUGAGGAGGAGAUGUGAACCAGUGACUGAAGGAACUGAUCAAAGUGAAACCCUCCUCAACAGGAUCUUCACUGAGCUCUACAUCACACAAGGCCAGAGUGAAGAGGUUAAUACCCAACAUGAGGUGAGGCAGCUGGAGACAGCUUCCAAGAAAGAGAACCUCCAUGACACUCCAAUCAAGUGCCAGGACAUCUUUAAAGCCUUACCUGACCAACAGACUCUCAUCAGAGCGGUCCUGACCAACGGAGUCGCUGGAGUUGGAAAAACCUUCUCAGUGCAGAAGUUCACUCUGGACUGGGCCGAGGGUUUGGGAAACCAAGAUGUCAGUCUGGUGAUCCCGCUCUCCUUCAGGGAGCUGAACCUGAUCAAAGGUGAGCAGUACAGUCUUCUCAGGCUGCUCCAUGUUUUCCAUCCAACCUUACAGAAGGUCACAGCAGAGCAGCUGGCUGUCUGCAAAGUGCUGCUCAUCUUUGACGGCUUGGAUGAAAGCAGACUUUCUCUGGAUUUCAGAAACAAUGAGGUUGUGUCUGAUGUCUCACAGCAGUCCUCAGUCAACGUGCUGCUGACAAACCUCAUCAGGGGGAAGCUGCUUCCCUCGGCUCUCGUCUGGAUAACUUCCCGACCUGCAGCGGCCAAUCAGAUCCCUCCUGAGUGUGUGGACAGGGUAACAGAAGUACGAGGCUUCACUGACGCCCAGAAGGAGGAGUACUUCAGGAGGAGAUCGAGUGAUGAAGACCUGUCCAGCAGAAUCAUCUCUCACAUCAAGAGCUCCAGGAGCCUCCACAUCAUGUGUCUGAUCCCAGUCUUCUGCUGGAUCACUGCUGCAGUUCUGGACCACAUGUUGACUACAGACCAGAGAGAAGACCUGCCACAGACCCUCACUGACAUGUACUCACACUUCCUGCUGGUCCAGACCAAGAGGAAGAAGCAGAAGUAUGAAGCGGGACAUGAGACGAGUCCACAGCAGCUGACGAAGGCUGACAGGAAGGUUCUUCUGAAGCUGGGGAGGCUGGCGUUUGAACAUCUGGAGAAAGGACACAUCAUGUUCUACCAAGAAGACCUGCAGCGCUGUGGUCUUGGUGUCACAGAGGCCUUGGUGCACUCAGGAGUUUGUACAGAGAUCUUCAAAAGAGAGAGUUUGAUCUUCGAGAAAACAGUCUACUGCUUUGUUCAUCUGAGCAUUCAGGAGUUUCUGGCUGCAGUCUACUUGUUCCACUGUUACACCAACAGGAACACAGAGGUACUGAAGGACUUCCUGAAGGGAGACUGGCCCGAUGAGAACAGUAAAAACAGUGAUCAGGAUUACCAGUCCCUGGAUGUCUUUCUUAAGGGAGCCAUGGAGAAAUCUCUCCAAAGUGAAAAUGGCCACCUGGACCUGUUUGUCCGCUUUCUCCACGGCCUCUCUCUGGAGUCCAACCAGAGACUCUUAGGAGGCCUGCUGGGUCGCACAGACAACCGUCCAGAAAUCAUCCAGAGAGCCAUCAACAACCUGAAGAGGAUGAGAAGUAAUGAAAUCUCUCCUGACAGGAUGAUCAACAUCUUCCACUGUCUGACAGAGAUGAAGGACCACUCAGUACAUCAGGAGAUCACAGAGUUCCUGAAGUCAGAGAACAGAUCAGAGAAGAAACUCUCUGAGAUCCACUGCUCUGCUCUGGCCUACAUGCUGCAGAUGUCAGAGGAGGUUCUGGAUGAGUUGGACCUGAUGAAGUACCACACAUCAGAGGAGGGACGACGGAGACUGAUUCCAGCUGUGAGGAACUGCAGGAAGGCCAAACUUACUGGCUGUGGACUCUCAGAGACUGAAUGUGAAGUCGUGGCCUCAGCUCUGAAGUCUGACCCCUCUCACCUGAGAGAUCUGGACCUGAGUAAGAACUAUCUGAAGGAUUCAGAAGUGGAGCUGCUGAGUUCUGGACUAAAGAGUCCAAACUGCAGACUGGAGGCUCUCAGUCUGAGGGGCUGCAGUUUGUCAGAGAUCAGCUGUUCUGCUCUGAUCUCAGCUCUGAAGUCCAACAUCCAUCUGAGAGAUCUGGACCUGAGUUGGAACGAUCUGGAGGAUUCAGGAGUGGAGCUGCUGAGAGAUCUUCUGGAGAGUCCAGACUGCAGACUGGAGACUCUCGGACUGAGAGACUGCAGUUUGUCAGAGAUCAGCUGUUCUGCUCUGGCCUCAGCUCUGAAGUCCAACAUCCAUCUGAGAGAUCUGGACCUGAGUUUCAACGAUCUGCAGGAUUCAGGAGUGGAGCUGCUGAGAGAUCUUCUGGAGAGUCCAGACUGCAGACUGGAGACUCUCAGACUGGAGGGCUGCAGUUUGUCAGAGAUCAGCUGUUCUGCUCUGAUCUCAGCUCUGAAGUCCAACAUCCAUCUGAGAGAUCUGGACCUGAGUUUCAACGCUCUGCAGGAUUCAGGAGUGGAGCUGCUGAGAGAUCUUCUGGAGAGUCCAGACUGCAGACUGGAGACUUUCAGUAAUGCUCCGACUGCUCCGUUGUUUAUUAUCCACUUCCCAUCGUUGUCGCUGCCCGGUGUCCCGUUCCAUGCUCCGGGUAUCUUGGUCACACGGUGGGGGCACACCAACUACCAGACCCCGUUCUACGAGAGCCUUCCCCGCAGCUUUAGGAUUCCCAUAUUAUUUCUGUGUCAUGCAUCUCCCUGCAGUAUCAGAUAUGGUGAGACGAUCAGAGCCAAGAUCCAGAAGACCUGUGACUCCGAUGUGGAACAGGAAGUGAAGACAGACAGAAAGGCUCCUGAACCCUUCUCACCUGAACACACAACUGAGUCUUCAUACAGGUUCAGGUGUCCUGGUCCAGGUGAGUUCCAGUGUGAUUCGACUGGCCUGGUGUUCGUCAUGGCUCAGGAGGCGGAGCUUCUGUACAGGACGGUCCCUUGGGAGGAGAGCCUCCUCCAAUCAGCUGGCAAGCAGGCAGCAGGGCCGCUGUUCAACGUGAAGAGUUCUGAUGAAACUGCCGUCUGCCAGCUCCACCUGCCACACAGUGAGACAGAGGAAGUGCUGCUCCUGGACGGCCUGUUGUCUGUCGUCCACAUCACUGAUGAAGGCCUGAGCAUCUUGGAGCCGCUGGAGGUCACACGCACUCACGUGGUGGUGAAGGUGCCUCACCUCUCUCUCUUUGGCCUGGUCUGGGAUAUCUUUAAAAGGUUUCUGCUUCUGCGGGUAAAGGGCAAGAUUCUGGUGUUCCUACGACCCUCGGUCAGAGAGGAGCAAAUACUGGAUGUACAUCUGCUGCAGAACAACGUCCCUAAGGAGGAGGUUGCUGACAAACACAAACGUGCUGAGAACAUCACAAUCUCCUCCGGCUGUGAGCUGGAACUGUACAAAGUUUACAGUGUGUACUGUGAACCUGAGGACUUCUACAUUCAGCCUGAGAGUAAAACAUUUGAAUCGAGUUUUGGACCAGAUUACGAUCCAACAUUUCAAGUUUCCCUGACGACGAGCACAGAGAGAGUGGAUUUGAAGCUCAAGGACCAAGGUGGAAACGUAGUCUGGAGUUAUCUCGUGCCACUGGAAGGUCCAAGACAUGAAUUGUCCCAGAGACAUGUCCCAGCAGAGAGCAGAGUCCCAGCAGAGAGCAGAGUCCCAGCAGAGAGCAGAGUCCCAGCAGAGAGCAGAGUCCCAGCAGAGAGCAGAGUCCCAGCAGAGAGCAGAGUCCCAGCAGAGAGCACAGUCUCAGCAGAGAGCAGAGUCCCAGCAGAGAGCAGAGUGUCUCCAACUGUGCUGAACGUCCUUCUGGAUAAACUCUUUGAGUCUGAAGUGAUCAGUGAAUCUGAAAUGACGUCAGCCAGAACCAAACCCAAAAAUGAGGGAGCACGAGAGGUGGUGGACGCGGUGCGAAAUAAAGGAGCUGCAGCCAGCAGGGUUCUGAUCAAUGCUCUCCGAGAGCUGGACCCGUAUCUUUACAGAGAGCUCAACUUGAGCUGA